CAAUUCAGUCCUUCUCUUGAGCAAAGCACAUAUUGGAGGAGAUAAUGGCUCAAGGAAAUAGUGGUAGAUGGAGUCUCCAAGGAAUGACUGCUCUUGUAACUGGUGGAACCAAAGGAAUCGGGCGUGCCAUCGUGGAGGAGUUGGCCGGACUCAGGGCAACCGUGCACACUUGCUCUCGAAACGAAGAUCACCUCAAUCAAUGCUUACACGAAUGGAAGAUGAAGGGAUUUCAAGUUACCGGUUCAGUCUGUGAUGUAAAGUCUCCGGUGGAACGAGAGAAGCUACUAAAAACGGUUUCAUCUACGUUCAAUGGCAAAUUAAACAUUCUCAUAAAUAACGUGGGAACGGUCAUAAGAAAACAAACUCAAAAUUUCACAGCCGAAGAUUUCUCAUUUCUUGUUGCUACGAAUCUUGAAUCUGCUUUUAGUAUCUGCCAACUAGCACACCCGCUUCUAAAAGCCUCGGGUUCUGGAAGCAUCGUUUUCCUUUCUUCUACUGCUGGUGUUGUAUCAAUCGACGUUGGAUCCGUUUAUGGUGCUACUAAAGGAGCAAUGAACCAGCUUACAAAGAAUUUGGCAUGUGAGUGGGCUAAAGACAACAUAAGGAUCAACAGUGUUGCACCCUGGUUUAUCAACACUCCCCUCGUUGAACCUCUUUUCAAAGAUGAGAAAUUUGUGGAGGCGGCCAAAUCUCGAACAGCUCUGGGACGCAUCGGAGAGGCAGAGGAAGUGUCUUCAAUAGUGGCAUUUCUAUGCCUUCCGGCAGCCUCUUACAUCACCGGCCAGACCAUUUGCGUUGAUGGAGGGGCAACUGUGAACGGCUUCUCCUUUCCAAUGAAUUGAAAGGACAUGUAUCAUUUAAAUUCUAGACUUCCAUGUGAGAGAGUCAAAGUAUCAUCCUUUAAAUUAAGUUCAUAAGGGAGUGCUUUUUUUUUUCUGUUUUCUUUUUUUUUAUCUUUUGUUUGAACUUCCUAUGCGAGAUUAUUUUCAAUAUUGUACUCUUAAUUGUAUGAACUGAUUUCUCUAUCCACGUACUUUGUGAUAAACAAAGUCAAACUAG